AUGAAUUUUAUUAAAAAAGUUUUCAAUUCGCCAUCUACAAAAACAAAAAAUAAUAUUGUUGAUGAAAGUCAAUUAAAUAAUAAUAAAAAUAUUAGCUCAGAAAAAUCAUUAUUAAAUGAUUUUGAAAAUGCCAAUUAUUUUAAUUAUUAUAGAUUAUUAGAAAGAAAAUCAUCAUCUCCAAAAGUUGGUUUGGUAUCAAAUACACAUGGUGGAGGUUUUGAAUUAGAACAAUUUGACAUUGAAGCUCAUAUGAAUGAUACCUGCGUAGUUUCAUUAUUCACCCAAAAGUAUAGCAAUAACUACACUUUACCAGUAGAAGCCCAAUAUAAAGUUGCCUUACCACCAAAUUCAGCCGUAUCCGAUUUCGUAGUCAUAAUCAAAGAUAAAGUAUUAAAAGGUAAAAUUAAAGAGAAAUCAAAAGCUCAAGAAAAAUAUAACGAUUCUAUUGCUACCGGUGGUAAAGCUUUCCUUGCCGAAAAGUCAUCCGAUGGUUUAUUCAAUUUAAUGAUUGGUAAUGUUGCACCAAAAGAAGAGGUUACUGUUAAAAUUACCAUUACCUCAGAAAUUGAUACUCAUUUAGAAAGUUAUCACUAUUGCUUACACAGUUCAAUGUUCCCAAAUAAUAAGAGUUUUGACCUUAACUAUUCACUUCAUGCCAACCUCUCAACCCCAAUCGAAUCUGUAGAGUUACUCAAUAGAAAAAAUGCCACUGUUACUUUUGAAAAUGAAGAAAAGACCAAAUUAACUUUGAACUAUUCCAGCAAAAAUGGUGUCUCUGAUUCUGCCAAAAAGAUGCUUAUUACCGUUUUAGUACCAAAGUUUUCAAAUAAGCCAGAAUCAUUCAUUGAAUACUGCCCAAUUGAAAAGACUCACUCUAUUGGUAUUAAUUUUUAUCCAAACUUUAAUAUUCCAGCUGACGAAGUUGAUCAAAAAGCUGAAUACAUUUUUGUUGUCGAUUGUAGUGGUAGUAUGUCUGGUACCCCAAUUUCAAAAGCUAAAAGAGCUUUAGAAAUUUGUUUGAAGUCAUUAAAUGAAAAAUCUAAAUUUAAUAUUUACAGAUUUGGUUCAGAUUUCCAAACAUACAGUCGUACAUCCCAACUUUACACUGAUGAAUCAUUAGAACAAGCAAUGGAAUAUAUUAGACAAACUGAUGCCAACUUGGGAGGCACUGAAUUAUUACCACCAAUUAAAGAUAUUUUAAAAACUGAAUAUGACCCAGAAUAUCCAAGACAAGUAUUCAUUUUAACUGAUGGUGAAGUUUCUGAAAGAGAUGAAUUAAUCGAAUAUGUUGCUAAAGAAUCAAAUACAACCCGUAUUUUCACUUUUGGUAUUGGCAGUGGUGUUGAUAAAGAAUUGGUUAUAGGUUUAUCAAAAGCUUGUAAGGGUUAUUACGAAUUAAUUGACGAUAACAAGGAUAUGGAAGAAAAAGUAAUGAAACUUGUUAGUAUCUCUUUCCUUCCAACUCUUUCAAAUAUUAAAGUUGAUUGGGGUAACUUAUCAGUUGACCAAGCUCCAUUAGUUAUUAGACCACUCUUUACAAACGAAAGAAUGAUGAUUUAUGGCACAUUAAAUAAAGAAUUACCAAAAGAUACCACCACCGCUAAUAUCAGAAUAUAUGGUAAUGGUCCAUCUGGCGAAAUUGUUUCAUUCACAGCAGAAUUAGAUUUCAGUAAAGUUGAUUCAACCUCACGUUAUAUCCACACACUUUCAGCAUUCAAACAAAUUCAAGAUCUUGAAGAAGGCGAAAGAAAACAAAGCAAAGAUAACAAGGAUAAGAUUGUAGAGUUGGGUAAGAAAUAUGGUUUAGUUUCAAAACAUACAUCAUAUAUUGUUACUGCCGAAGGUGAAGGUGAGGUCACCGAAGAAUCAAUGGUUAGUGUCAAAGUUUUAGAAACAGUAAAACUCUCUGCAAAUGUACAUACCUAUGCUCCAGCCCCACAGCAAAAUUUAAUUAAUAUGGCUCCAGUUCUUUAUAGAAAUAGAUCUGUUUCUAUAGAGUCAGAAUCAGAUGGUGACUGUGACGGUGAAUGGGAAGAGGAAGAGCAACUCGAUUCAAUCCAUGCAUGUUAUGACUCACCUUUAGAAUGUUUAUCAGAACAACUCGAAAUGAAAAUGGAAUGUGAUUCAGCUCCAGCUCCACCUCCACCAGCUCAAAAAGGUGGCAGUUUAUUAUCUAGCUUUUCAUUCUCCAAACAAUCUUCACCACCAUUAGAAAAAAGAGAAAAAAGAGAAAAGGAAUGUAAAAAGAAGUCUUCAUAUUCCCCAGCCCCAUCAUGUGCUCCAACACCUAUGUCCUAUCAAACUAUAACAAGUGCUCCAAAACCCUCUCAAUCUGCAACACCUGUUCCAUCAAAACCAUUAGUUCAAAAGAGUGGCGAUAUUGUUAUUGAUUUAAUUAGAACCCAAAAAGCCAAUGGAUCAUUCACCAAAGCAACAGUUGGCUCAUUAUUAUCCAUUAGUGCUACCCCAAGUGAAUUAUCAUCAAACGAAGAUAUUUGGGUAACCUUGGUAGUUAUUGCUAAAUUCAUGUCCUAUGAUAAACAAAAGAGUCAAUGGGAAUUAAUUGUCCAAAAAGCCUCAAAGUAUGUAAAACAACAAUUAUCAAAAUUAAAUUUAUCCUUUGAUGAUUUAUUAAACCAAGCUAAAAAAACAAUUUAA